UUCAUUAUGACAGAGUAUCUUGUUGAUCAAGAAAAGUAUUUCUAUUGGAUUCUGUUAUAUAUGUACACAGUGUUAUGUAUUGGAUCGAUUAUAACGUUGGGAAUAGGUACAAUGCUCAUUACGUAUAUUGAGCAUAUUUGUGGAAUAUUUAAAAUUGCUAGCUAUCGUAUUAAGCACGCAUUAAAUAUUGAUAUUCCACAAAAUAUUACGAUAAAAAAUAAAAUUUUGAUGAUUGAAGGUAUAAUUUGUGCCGUAGACAUUCAUCGUCAUGCUAUGAAAUUGUCGAAGAAUUACAUGACCGCAUUCGAAAUAAUGAUGUCUUGUAUCACGGGAUGUCUAGCAGUCUGUUUUAGUUUUAAUAUGUUUCAAGUAAGUUAA